AUGCAACGAAUGCGACACUAUCCUGCCGAAGAAGCAAUUGGGUUCUGGUUUGAUGGGCAGCCGCUUUUGUGCACCCCAAGACCAACAGGUGCCGAUGCGAACCUGGAGUUGAUGCUGAAAGCCCUUGGGUUCGAGGACUUUUUCACACAACCCACAUUUUCGAACAAACUCAACGGCUCAGCUUCUCUUCAUAUUCAUUGCAUUAACUCCUUUUGA